AGGUAUCAAUAUCAUCUACAUUUCCACUGUCACUCAUAUCACAAACCACACGGCUCACUCAAAACUCUCUCUCUCUCUCUCUCUCUCUCUCUCUCUUGCAUCCAUGAGUGGCUAUAGUACUACUACUAUGCUCAUAAUUCCCAGCUUCCUCCUCUGUCUUUUAUUUUCUUCGUUUUUUCCAUCCGGUUCUGCCAACACAUGCAGAUCGUAUUGCGGAAACCUCACCAUAGAUUACCCGUUCGCCGUCCGCUCCGGCUGCGGGCACCCGGGUUUUCGAGAUCUCUUAUACUGCAUCAACGAUGUGCUCAUGUUUCACAUAAGCUCGGGAUCUUACAGGGUCUUGGACAUAGACUACGCUUACCAAGCCCUCACGUUGCAUGAACCUCACAUGUCAACAUGUGACAGCAUAGUGCUAGGUGCCAAGGGCAAUGGCUUCUCCGUCGAGCAAUGGCGGGCUCCGUACAUGAAUCCGACCGCCGACAACGUGUUCAUGCUGAUCGGCUGCUCCGCUCAGUCGCCGCUCUUUCAAGGCUUUCCGGGGAAGCACUUGCCAUGCAGAAACGUUUCGGGAAUGAGUUGCGAGGAAUACUAUGGUUGUCCGGCGUGGGAUAUGUUGGGCCAUAGGAGGGUGGGUUCCAUGUUUGGGUCGGGUCCACCUGAGUGUUGUGCAGUGCCGUUUGAGGCCAUCAAGGCCGUUAAUCUCACCAAGCUUCAGUGUGAAGGGUAUAGCAGUGCUUACAAUCUGGCCCCGCUGAAGCUGGAUGGGGCCCAUGGGUGGUCGUAUGGUAUCCGAGUGAAGUACUCUGUUCAAGAAAACGAUGAGUUUUGUAGAGCUUGUGAGGCUACCAGUGGCACGUGCGGGUACGGCGCUGAUGGCAUUAGGCAAUUGUGUAUGUGUGGGAGCUUCAAUUCCACGUCAAAUUGUGAUUCUGUAAAAUCAGCAUCAACAAGAACAUACUCUAUGGCAGAGAGUUAUACAUUCAGAGGAUUGCUGGUGUGUCUACUAGCUUAUAUUACACAGAAACAUUAUUGAAAUGGAUACAGAAUUUAGCAUAUGUAAGCAGAGAGAGAGAGCGAGAGAGAGAGAGAGAGAGAGAGAGAGAGAGAGAGAGAUGUAAACAUAUUU